AUGCUAUUCCCUCGCUUAUUCGAGAGUCUGUCCGGGAGGCAUUGGAGGAGAAGCCUGGUCCAGUUCAUAUUGAACUUCCUGAGGAUAUUGCCGGGCAUACCCUGGGUCCCAAUGAGUACCUUUUCCCAAUUGGGGAAGUACGUCGACCAGUCCCUGAUGCAAAGGCCAUUGCUAAAGCAGUCGCUCUCAUCCAUGCUGCCAAGCGGCCCCUCCUCUGCAUCGGCUCAGGAUGUAAUCGUAAGCAGACCAGUAAGAUGCUACGUAGGAUCAUCGACGAGACGGGUAUCUAUGCU